AUGUAUAUUGACUCGAAAAAAGCCGAUCGUACGUAUGUACUGGUAGAAAAUCCACGAAGCAGACGAUUUGAAUUAACUGGAUAUACAAUAUUUGAUUCAAAAGAAAAAACACGUUUAUAUCGAUUAACAGCAUCAAGGAGUGAUAUCGAUAGUGGGAUACUUUUUGAUAAUGCUGGAGACAAUAUGAUCGCUAAUCUUGAAGGUGAAUGGAUAGAGGACAAAUUUAAUGUUACAUUUUCUAUUUAUAAUUCCAAAUUAAAUAAAUGGACAGAUGGAAUUAUACGAAGAACUCUUCAUUGGUUUUCUGUUGAUUAUACUGUUGAAUAUAAUAAUGAACAAGUGAUUGCAAAACGGAAAAAAGAUGCAAAAAAAGGAAAAAUCUAUCAUAAAAAGAACAAUGAAUUAUUAGCUAAAUUUGCGGCUCGUUCUCAGUGGCUCUCAGGGACACCUCUAAAAUAUGAUUUGGAAAUUUAUUCGAAUAAAGUACCUGAUGCUAUUCAUUUUUUCUUAUUAUUAAUUAUGGACCAUCGACUACGUGUAAACAAAAAUUAA